AUGGUCAGCUUUGACUCCACUGUAUUGGUAGAGACAGAUGCAAAGAGGGACUUCAAGCUUCCUCAUACUCGGCAGAUGAUUCUCAUAGAGACGGUAUUUGCUAUCCAGAGUUCACCGUUUCCUAAGUAUCUCUAUGUUUAUGACAAGGGGUUUACAGUCUAUCAGCUUGCCCCAUUUAAGCCUAUAAAAACCUUCGGAUAUAGUGGAGAAGUGAUAGAUGUUGGCAUCAUAAAGGGGAAAAUGGCUAUUCUUUCCAAAGACUCCAUAAUCGUCUAUAAUAGAGAUGAAGAUUAUGUUGUUACUGGAAAGUUCGAUGGGAGACUGUCUGAAGUAGAUGGGAAGCUUGGGCUUCAGGAAAGGGCAAAAUUGACACUGUAUUCGUUGGAUUCUCUGAAUGUUGAGAGUGUGUACAAGGCAAAUGCACAUUACUCGGUAAGAGAUGUAUUAGUAACAUCUUUCGACAACACGGUUUCUCUCUAUUGCAAAGGUAAAAAGUUAAUAGAGAUUUCCAUGCCUGAGAGAAUAUGCAGGGUGUGCACCGAUCCACUUUUGACAAACAUAUAUUGUGGAAGCAGCGAUGGAACCAUAUUCUGUUGUAACACGAGUUACAUGGAACCAGUCACCAUGAGGUAUCAUAAAAGUAAGAUUGUAGGACUGGAUAUAAGCUUCUGUGGAAGACACUUGUAUUCUGCAGAUAUGGAAGGAGUUGUAUGCAUAUGGGAUAUAAAGUUUAACGUGGUGGUUGGAAAGGUGUCCAUGGAGACUGCAAUAAGAGGAAUAAAGGUUGCAUAUGUUUCUGAGUGGAAAGGAGAGCUUGAUGCAAUGGAAAGUGAGCUGGUAGAGAUAAGAAAAUGA